GAAAAGAACUAAGAGACGGAGAGGAAAAAAAGAAAAACUAAAAUUAAAGUCCUAACAAAGAUACACGGUACCCAAGCCCUAAUAAAUAUAGUUGAUCCACCAACAAAGAUCCGAAGAAAUUCCAACAGGUUUUGUCUCUCUUUUUCUCCCCCUUGCCCUAGCCCCUUUGUACUUUUAUUCUACAACAAUUUUUUUCAUUAUUUCUUUGCUCUCUCAGUCUUUACCACUAAGAAUAUUGAGGUAAUAAUCAUACCCACUUUAAAUCAAAAAGGUUAGUACUUUAUUAUAUGAAAAUCCUUGAUGAUUUGUCUUUUGUUUUAUUGAUGGGAAAAUGUAUGCGAUGAGUUUGCCUUUCUAUUUAUUGCAAAAUUGCAAUAUUUGGAUUUGCUUUGAAUAAGUUUUGGUUGAUGGGUUAUUAGAUUUUUAGGUGGUUUAGUUUGAUUUUGGGUUUAGGUAAUGAUAUUUUUUAGGAUGAAAUUGAAUAUUCAUUGGUGAAUGGGUUUAUUUUGCUAGUUAACUAAAAGGCAGUAUGCACUUAUUGAAUUCAUUCUUGUAAGUCUUCUCUUCCUUUAUACUAGGUAAGUUACAUUUUUUGUUCUUAUUUAUUUAUUUAUUUUGCAAGUGAAAGGCAAAUUGCAAUAAACCAUGGGAAUAGCUGCUUUAUUUGUCAUUGCAAUUAUAUUUCACUUGUAAGAUCAGUUGAAGUACAACGCGCAAUGUCCAAUUUGCUUUUCUUUUAUGCUUAUAAAGUACUUGUUGGGUCUUUAUCAAAGGGAGGAAAAAUGAAGGUAUUAGAUAUAAGUGAAUUUCUGUUUGCUUUCGAUCCAUAUGAGAAAAAUAACUUAUCAAAAGAAGAGGAGAAAAUGAAGUCCUGCAAAGACCAGUGAUUAGGGAGUUAAUUGAGAAAAAGUGUAAUAUGUGACAUAAAGGGUGGGUAAUUAGUUGUUUUUUAAUUAAUUUGAAUGGUAUGAUUGAAUAGAUGCUUUAAAGUAAAAUAUUCUUCAUUGUGUAGUAGGAACUGAAGAUAACUCUUUUGGCAUCAAUUUAUGGUAACUCUUCAAUAAUAUAAGAAAGCUAACAGGUUUUAUUGCUGAAAGAUACAUAAAAUUCCACCAAGCAUUGAAAAUAUGGAUAACUAACUCAUUAAUCUGUAUCUACCAAAAUUGCAAAACAUAAUAAUUUAGCUAGAUGUACUAAGUAUUCUAUUUCUUUUGAAUUACUUAGUUGCUAGAUUUGCUUGUUUCUUAUGUAUUUUUUUAUUCAAUGUGUGGGUGAUUUUUUUCUCUUACUGCUUUAUUGAAAGGUUAAAUAAUUUAUGGUCUGUUGAUUGAAAGUUUUAUUUAGAAAGUACAUGAUAGAACCUUUGUUAUGACUCUUUAUUUCAGAUUAUCUAACAGAUUAUGCAAGUAGGAUGACAUAUGUUAUUUUCACCAAUGAAAUGGUUUCAGAAGUUUAAAAAAUAGUUUUUUUUAGCAAACAGGAAAAUAUAUAUAUUAAAAGUUACGGAACAUGCAUUACAUGCGAUUUGUAGUUAGUGUCACAUCGGACACUUUGAUUACCUAGGCUUGCUAAAGUAUUGCAAGCAUCAUAUAAUAAGAGUUUUUCAAAAACACAUUAUUCUAGUACAUCAUGUUCUACUAGGAUUUUAACAUCUUCAGGUGGGGCAACAAAAAACUUUCUUCUUCUUCCUUGCAUUGGCAAUUCCCAUAUGUGCUAGCUGGUGAGCUAUCCUAUUCCCUUGUCGGAAUUCCUGCUGGAGGAUUACUUGCUUCUGUUGGUGCAUUAACGACCUGCAUUUUAGAAUAGUGUUAGCAUAUAGAUUAUUACCUUGUUGUAUUAAUAGAAUUACCUCCGUGGAAUUUGUUUCAAUUUGAAGUGGAAACAUACCCCACUCAUGGGCUGUUUUUAAUCCUUCUAGUAGUGCUUUGAUUUCAGCUUGUAGACAACCGUUUGCAUGAGUACAUUUAUUGUAGCCAACAAUCCAGUGGCCUUUAGUAUUUCUGAUUACCCCACCUACGCCACAAAUUUGCAUGUCUUUGUGGAAGCUAGCAUCAAUGUUCAAUUUAAACCAUUCUAUUGGAGGUUUAUGCCAUAAUAUGGAGCUUUGGAGAUGGUAGCACCUUAGUUUCAGUUAAAAGGCGGAAUUCAAUAGCUCUAUUUCUGAUGAGGUCAAUGUUUAUUGGAAAAUUAGUAUUAUUUUGGUUUUUGUUAUUUUAUUAAUCCAAAUAUACCAAAUUGCAAAAGGGAAGAAAAGAUUCUAAUUUAACAAAUUGUUGUUGAAGGGAUAAUUAAAAAUUUUUAAUUGGAUUAACCAAUGUUCCCCAUCCUCCCUAUAAAAAAAUUUCCAUCCAAUGGUUUCCCAAAUAUGAUUGCUUGCAUGGCAUUUAAGGAAGAUAUGAGUGAUAGAUUCAUCUAUAUGGUUUCUACAUAUAGGGAAAUGAGGAUCUAUUAAGGCCAAUUUUUGCGAGAUAUUGUCUACAAGGAAUUCUAUUGUGAAGGCAUUGCCAGAGAAAAAUUUUGAUCUUAUUUGGCCAUGGCAGGAUCCAAAUCCACUUAAAAUUCAUAUCAUUGUUCUAAUUAGUGUUGAUUAAGGAGUAGCAAGUUUUGGUUGUGAAAAUACCUUUUGUAUUAACGGACCAGAUAGGGAUAUCAUUAUUAGGAUGUUGUACAAGAAUUUUUAUUUUUGAUAUGAAAUCUUUGAUAUCAUUAGGAAGAUUGAGGGAUAUAUUAGCAAGGUGCCACUUCUUGCCAUCAAAAAUAUUUCUUAGAUAGUCAUUUUUUGAUAAAGGGCCUUCUAUAGUAUUUCUAAGGCUCCCUAGGUUAGGGAUCCAAUUGGUCUCCCAAAUAUUCAUGUUAGAAUGGUGAUGAAGUUGCCAAUUGAUACCCUUGGAACAUAUUUCCCGCCCCUUUUGAAUACUUUUCCAUAUGAAAGAAGUAUUCCUAGUGUUUUUAGUGUUUGCGGCAUUAAUGAUGAGUUGAGCCCAUGGAGUGGUAGGGUUUGUAAUGGUCCUCCAAGCAAGAUUUGCAAGAUUACAAAAGUUUUUGUCUUUAGCUUUAUGGAGACCCAGGCCUCCCAUGUUUUUUGGUUGACAAACGGUUGACCAAUUAAUGAGGUGAAUUUUUCGUUUCUCAUUAGUAGUACCCCAUAUGAAAUCCCUUGUACCUUAUCAAUUUUUUUGAGGAUGUUCAUAGGGAGGAGGGUAAAUUGCAUGUAGUGGUUUGGAAUUGAGUUUAGACAGGAAUGAGAGAGAGUUGUCCGGCCUGCUAUAUUCAAGAACUUUAUUUUCCAAGCUGUUAGUUUGGCUCUCAUUCUGUCAAUGAUAAAUUGAUAGUCUUUUGGUCUAGGGUAUUUAUUAAGGAUAGGAAAGCACAGAUAAGUACCAAAGGAAUCACUCUUUUUAAUAUUAAGAAUAUUGGUAAUUUCAUUAGUAAGAUUUGGAGGACAAUUUGUGGGGAAGAUAAUUUUUCACUUGGUGGUGUUAAUAUUUUGGCCUGAGAGAUUACAAAAAAGGUCUAGACCUUUUUUUUACUAUAUGGCUUGAUUUUAGAUUGGCUCUGGCCAUUAAGGUAAGGCCGUCGACAAAGAAAAGAUGAGAGAAAUUGGGAGCUUUUUUUCCUAAUGUAAUAGGAUCCCAGUUUCUAACGUCAACUUGAUGGUUUAUGUAACGUGACAACAUUUCAAGGCAGAGGAUGAAUAUGUAAGGAGAUAUAGGGUCUCCUUGCUUAAUUUCCCGGCUUGGUUGAAUAAAGCUAGUAAUAGAGCCAUUUACUAGAACAACUAUAGAGCUUGUUGAGAUGCAAUAUAAGAGAAUUUUCUUAAAUUUUGCAGGGAAUUUGAAAUAAGUUAGGGUGUGGUGCACAAAUGACCAUUCUAAACGCUCAAAGGCUUUUUCAAGGUCGAUUUUCAGAAGCAUAUGACCUUGUUUCCCAUUUAACUUAUGGAUUUUUGAAAUAAGCUCUUGUAUGAUAAUAGAAUUAUCCGAAGCCCUUCUAUUUUUUAUAAAGCUAUCUUGGUAAGGGAAAAUAAGUUGGUCAAGGAAAGGUUUAAGUCUAUUAGCAGGGAUCUUUGUGAUGACUUUAUAAAUAGUGUUGCAUAGACCAAUGAGUCUAAAAAAAUUUAUGUUAUUUGCAUUGGAAAUCUUUGGGAUAAGACACAAGUAAGUUUUGUUGAGAUCAUGGGGGAUCUCUUGGGUUUCAAAGAUGUCAUGCACAAUUUUGUGACAGAGGGGCCUAGUAUAUCCCAGUACUUUUUAAAAAAGAACAGGUGUAGACCGUCCGGUCCGGGCGCUUUAAAGGGUUUAAAAGAGAAGAUGGCCUUUUUAAUCUCAAUACUAAGAAGGGGGUUAGGCUAUUGAGGUUUAAGGCAUUUUGGGAGAUAUUUUUUAAAGGACUAAUUCUGCUAGAAUUUUUGUGGGAGGUGGUAAAGAUAGAAUUAAAGUAGUUGCAAACAUGGGAGGUGACUAGAUUAGGAUCGUUAAUCCAAUUCCCUGCAUCAUCUUUGAAGAAAUUGAUCCUUUUUUCUUCUUUUUCUAUUAGUAGCCGAGAUGUAGAAGAAUUUGGUGUUUGCGUCUCCCUCGUUGAGCCAUAAAAUUCUUGACAUUAGCUUCCAAUAAUCUUCCUCUAUUAGUAGAAGGUCAUUGUAGUCCCUUUUAAGGCUAGUUUGUAGGUUUUGGAGGAAAAUACUAUAAGGGUAAUGUUUGGAUUUUCCAAUGCCUUGAAGCCGGGCUAGUAUUUUUCUUUUUUUUCUCAUAAUAUCACCAAAAGCUUGGUGUUUCCAAACCUUGACUUUUUAUAUAAACAAAUUGCUAGCCCUAUUAUAAUCAUUAUUAGACCAAUUUUCUUGGACUAGAGUUUUGAAAGAAGGGUGUUUACACCAGUAGGUUUCAAGUCGAAAGGGAGGCUUAUAAAGAACAUUAUUUUUUGGAAUUAAUUCUACUAAAAUGGGAUUGUGAUCCGAGUGGGUUUUAGGCAAAUGAAUAAUGGAACUUUUUGGAAAAAGCUUAAUCCAAUCCUCAUUGCCUAAUACUUUAUCCAAUCUUUCCAUAAUCAAACCCGUAUUCUUGUGCCUAAGGUUUGACCAAGUGUACUUACACCCUUUAUAUCCUAAAUCAAUUAAAUUACAAUUAUUAAUCUUAGACCAAAGAUAUUUAGCCCUACUAUCUUUUAUACUAUUACCACCAAAUUUCUCGUUUGAGCAGAAUACAUCAUUGAAAUCUCCUCCUAAUAACCAAUGUCCAUUUUAGCUAUUAUUAAUGCUUUCAAUGUUAUACCACAUCUUAUUCCUAAGAAGUAUAUAUGUACUAGCAUAGAUAGCACUAAACAACCAUUUUUGAUGAAUAGGGAUUACCUCAAUUGUAGCAUAAAUCUCCUGAUCCCUUCGAACAAAAUUCUGAACGGUGACAAUUUCAUGAUUGUAUAGGACCACAAUCCCACCUACCUGUCCUUCAGCUGGUACUUCUAUGAACUCCGUAAAACCAUAAUCGUCUAGAAGCUCCAUGUGAUUUCCCAUCCUGGUUUCUAAUAAGGCUACCAUGUAGGGUCUAUGUGUGUCCACCAUUUCCCUGAAGUUCCUUCUAAAGUUAUCAUUGUUCCCUCCUCUAAUAUUCCAAAUGAUAAUGUUAGUAGGUCGAUUCAUGGAAAUAUUAAGGUUUUGGUUGGCUGGAUUCCCAUUCUCCUCACUUACCCUAGAACUAGGUUCUUUCUUAAUGAUGGAACUAGGAUCAUGGCUCGAUUUCCUAUAGUUGGAUCAUGUGGAGGUCUUAUGUCCAUCGAGCAUUUGUAUAAUGCUAGAGGGCAACUGAGAACAUGCCUCUUCUCUUGCCUUUCCGAAAAGAGAAACACUUUUACUCCGUCGAGACUUGAGAUUUCUAGGACUCUUUCUAAAAGUAGGUUUAGGGGUUCCUCCUCCUCUUGCAUUUCUGCCUCUACUUGUUCUGGCAUAGGCACUUUAUUGUGGGAUGGGGAGGGAGGUUGUUGUGGUAUCUGAGGCUCCUGUAUUGGUUGAGGUUGUUCCCAUGGAAGAAAAAUAGGGUUCAGUUGAGACAGAUUCUCUGGCAUGAAGAAUGACAUGUCCAUUAAAGCAUUUUGAGGAUAGAUUGGAUUGAAAUGUGGAGGAAGGUUCCACUGGUUCCUCAUUGCAUGAACCAGCUAGGGGUUCACUGAUGGUGCUAAGGGUUGAAGGAUGUUGUUGAGCCAUGCUUGAUUGAGGUGGUUGUUCAUGGCCAACCUCAUGCCUUCUGUCACUAACUGGGCUAGAUACUGAGUGUCGUGGAGGAUUAUAAUCGAGUCCUAGCCAUUUAUCUGGAUAUUGAACGAGCAUGCAUGGCCCAUCAUACCCAUCUCCAUCCAUGACACAGGUUGAUAGUUUUGAGCGUGAGGUGGUUGAACAUAAAUUAUUUGAGGGUUUACUGGUUGAGGUUGGAGAGAUGGGAGGUUUUCCAUGGUGAUUCUGGUUUGUCGAAGAAUUUAGAGAAGUCUUUGUCUCCUCCUUAGGGAUGAUGGUAAUGUUAGCAUUAUGAUCAGUGUUUAGGUUACUUAAUAACUCUAAAUCAGGCGUGGGGGAGGAGCUAUUAGGUAUAAGGGAUGGAUUGGUUGAUAGGUAAUGAUUGGGGAUAUCUUUUGCAGGUCGUUUGAGUCCCCAAGGGUGGAGUUUAUAGGCUGAGUUCCCAAAUCCUUUGCGUGUACUGGAUUUUUAGCCAUUUGGCUUGGAUGUUCUUCUGUCAUUGCCAUUUGUCUAACAUGCUUAGGCCUUUGUGGAUAAGCAGAUCUUGAUGAAAGUUCUUACUUUUGAGAUUGUGGUUAGUGGACAGAUUGUUACUAAUUUGCCCACUAGAAAGGGUAGUAUUAUUAGUAGUGCUGUGAUUUUUAAUGGGGGUAGUAGGGUCAUUAUGGACGUUAUUUUGCAUGGCCACCUUAACUAAUUGAUUUGUAGGAUUUGUAAUAGAAGACACGAUUGUGUCCAACAUGUCAAUAUCAUUGGUAGUUUGUGACAUUUGUUCACUUGCAUGUGAUUUAUUAAUAAUAAUUUUUUGAUUAUUAAUUUCUUUAGUGUUUUUGUUCAAAACCAGGGGCUCUUCAGAUAGGAUAGAAAAGUUGUUUUUUGUUGUCAAUUUAUUUUGAUCACCAAUCAAAAAAGUCGAAGAUUGAAGAUUGUUAGUGUGUGGUGAUGGGGUAGUAUUUCUGUGAUCUUUUGAUUUAUAUUGUAAGAGUUGAGUGUCUAAAUACUUACCGGUGUUGGCAUUGAAUAACUUGACAGAGAUACCUGGGCCAUUAGUUUGUUUAAUCGGAUUUGCAAUAGGUUGUUUUUGAGGACCUUUUGCACCUUGAUGUCUUCCUUUGGAAAAAGAAAUUGUUGUCCAUUGUUCUUUUUCCCCAUCAUUUGUAAUUGUUGAUAAUUCCUUGCUUGUAUCUUCAUUAUUUCUAUCUCUAUUUUUCUGAAUAAUAAAGGAGCAUUUUUGUGCUAUGUGCCCCAAUCGUCCACAGUUUUUACAAAGAAAAUUUUUACCUUCAUAGUGUAUUGCUUGUUUGUGGUGGCCAACAUAGAUGAACGGUUGAACUGGAACUUCCAAUAGUAAUUCCACACAUAAUCUUGCAUAACGACCUCUCAGAGUUGUUGAUGUGCAAACAUCAAUUUUUAGGAGCCGGCCAAUUGCAUUACCAAUUUUUCUAGAAUUUUGCCAUCGUAAAAUUUUGUAGGUAAUUGAGGAAGUCUAAUCCAUACUGCAGAGUUUGUGACUUUCUCUUGAGUGGCAACAAAGUUUGGUUUCCAUCUCGUAAUAGAGAGGAAAUGUCCGUUAAUGAACCAAGGGCCUUGAUGCAUUACCUUGUCCAUAUUCCUUUUUCUUGAAUUUGAUUAUGUAGUAGUCUACUCCAAGGUCAAUCAACUGGAAAUCUUCAGUUGGUUUCCAUAGUUCUUGAAUUUUUUUCUUUAGAUAGUGGUGUAACAUACGCUUGCCCACUAGCUUUACUAUGAUUAAAUUUUUCCAUGGCUCAUAGAUUUGUACCUUCUCCUCAUCAGAGAGUGUUAUGAAUUUGAUACCCUUUGAGGUCGUUAAGGUUGGUUGAUCAACUACUUGAUCUUCUGAGUCCAUCAUUGGGGGAUAUAUAUCUUGAUGAUUUUUAAUAGUGGUGAAGAGUAAAGGGUUCGAAGUGGUAAGCAUAUCUUUGAAGCUAGGUUUGAUCAUGCUUUGAUCAAUAUCUGGGGGUUUGGGAGGUAUUGUGUGUUGUUGUUGUUCAUAGGGUUGGGAAUCCAUUUCCCAGAGAGGAAUUAUGAUGCCGUUUGUGAAUCCGUUUUCAAGUAUAGUUCAUGAGUAAGUAAACUAUAUGAGCUUUAGCUCACCUGAUAACAGAUGGAAAAAAUUAUUUUCCUCUCUUAUAAGUAAGUCUCUUUAUUUGCAUUUUUGUUGCUUUCUGUCAAUAUGUAUAUUUUUUUCCUAAGUCAUAAAAGUGGGUAACAAACGAGAUAGAUAGAUUUUGGUAAUUAAACCUUAUUCGUUGUUAGGGCACCACUCUUUUCCUUUUAUCUAAUACAACUAUGGAAACAUCGGAAGAGGAGGAUGAGUAUGAUGAUACUGAUUGGGAUUGGAUGGAGGCUGAUGAUUGAUGAAGGAUAUUCUAAACUUCUUUAAAUAUAUACUCGUCAUUAUUUUGUAGCGAGUAAUAAUGCCAUUCCUUAGAAAUAUUAUGUGACUAUUUUUCUUGUUUAUAUGUUUUUAGUCCUUUUGCAUUUGUUUUUUUCUUAGAGUUUUAUUCUGAAUUGCUUCAAUUUUACAGAUUAUAUACCAACAAGUGUUACUAAUUGUAGAUUACAAUCCAAGUAAGUUGCAUAAAGUUUAUCUUUCAAGUAAGUGGCACAAAAUUGUUUCAAGUACUUAUUAUUGAUAUAAUGCGUCAUGCUUUUUCUUCCUUUUUUUGGUAAUGUUCAGUGCCAUUAUUGCGUUGUCUACCUGAUGCUUCAACUAACCUUCUUCUAACAUGAUUACCUUUGAUUGUCUUAAACAUGCACAGAUUUAGAUAGUAUGGGUCAAGAAGGGUCUUCAAGAAAAAAUAAAAAAGGAAAAAGCCUGUCAUAAGUUCAAGUUGGAAGUUUAUCAUGUUUGGCAAAAAAAAAAAAGAAUGUCAUUGACAACAAAAGAAACUGUUCAAGCUAUACGGUCAGAGAAAGAGCAUCUGCUAAAAUUAAUUGAAGAACAACCAACAAUAGGACCACGAUCUGAAGCAAAUGAACGACAUGUUGAGGAGCAAUCUGUAGAGGAGCAAAUUGUAGAUGAGCAGAUGCAAAUAGAUUCUACCACUCCUACAGCUAAUGAACAAUCUGAAGAACAAGCUUCUGGUCCUGCGACUCAAAAAAGAAAGAGAGGCAGGACACAAAUGCGUAGUGUCCAUGGCCGAAAGAUGCGUAAUGUGAUCACACUUAACAAUCUCAAUCAGCCCAUUGGUCCUACUAAAAAAGAUGUAAGAGAGUUUGGUAGCUUCCUCGGUACAUUGGCAAGGACUACAACCCAUUGCCCACUGGAUAUAUUGGACUGGAGGAAAAUGGACACAAAAGAUGAUUUAUGGACAUCUACCAAGUCGAAGUAUGAUAUUCCAGAUGCUACAAAAACAUGGACUUUAUAUUCAAUUGGAAAUGCUUGGAGAAGGCAUAAAAGUCAACUGAAGAAAGAUCAUUAUGAUGCCUAUCAAAAUGAUGAUGUUCGAAUGACAAAAAGACCUGAUUAUAUACCAGAAUAUCAGUUUAAAGAACUCCUGAAAUAUUGGAGUUUUGAUAAACUACAGGAAAAAACUAAGGAAUCUGUCUCACUUAAAGACAUUUUUGUGGCCACAAGAGCAAGAAAACCUGGGCGUUUGUACAAGGACUUACGAAAAUACAACUACUAAAAUUGCUGAAAUGGAAAAAAAUUAAAACACAACAAAGUGUAGAUGGCAAUCAAUCUGUUGAUGUGUUUUCAUCUGUCAUGGGUCCUGAAUAUCCGGGACGUUUAAGAUUAUAUGGACGUGGAGUUACAAAGACUACUUUGAAAGGAAAAGCGGGCCAUUCCGAGCCGACUUCAAACACCACAAAUGAUACGGUGCAAGAAAUACAAGAAAGGAUUCGAAAAAUGGAGGAACAAAAAAGAACUAUGCGACAAGAAAUUACUACAGAUGUAAUUGCUCAACUUCAACAAGCAGGAUUAAUUAAUCCAAACAUACUAGCAACAUUGACUGUUUUGUCACUAGGAGAAGCUACCUCUGCACAAGCUGCUAAUCAACUGAUCCGUCGACCUUCUACGGGUAGCAAAAAUCAAGGUUAGUAUCACUUUAUUCCUAGGUUAAAAUUCAUAUUUUAGCAACUGUAAAGCUGCUGUUUUUUUAAGUUAAAAACUAUUGAUUUUUGUAAUAAAAUCUGCUCUUUUUCUGCGUUUCUUCCAUUCAUGAAAUCAUGCUGACAUGAAGCAUUAUAGAACCAUUAAUAUUUCUGCAGAUAGUGUUUAGUAUAAACUUUAUUAGUAUAUUUUAAUGCUCUCAUCUUUGAGCUUUAAAAUGGUUGGAGCUGACCACGGUCAACAUUGUUGGUAAAUGACUUUGGAUCGGUGUUUUGACAAUUUUGACAAGUUGGUAUGAUGAUUUAGACUUGUACGCAAGUUUGAUUGGGGUACCGAGUAACCCGAGGCCGUUUCGGCGCUUAUUGUAAAAGUUAAAAAUUAGAACUUAAGUACUUUAAAAUCUGUGAGUUUUGAUGGUUGAUUCAAGAUUAUUGAUGUUAUUUAA